AUGGAAAAAGGCCUUAUGAGUGCAGUGAAUGUGGGAAAUCUUUUACUGCUAGCUGUGGCCUUUGGUAUCAUGAGAGAGUUCACAGUGGAGAAAAACCUUACGAGUGCAGUGAAUGUGGGAAAUCUUUUACUGCUAGCUCUAGCCUUCAGUAUCACCAGAGAGUUCACAGUGGAGAAAAACCUUAUGAGUGCAGUAAAUGUGGGAAAUCUUUUACUGCUAGCUGUGGCCUUCGGUAUCAUCAGAGGGUUCACCAUUGAGAAAAACCUUAUAAGUUCAGUGAAUGUGGGAAAUCUUCUACUGCUAGUUCUGGCCUUCAGUAUCAUCAGAGUUCACAGUGGAGAAAGGACUUACGAGUGCAGUGAAUGCAGGAAGUCUUUUAUUAAUAAGUCCAGUCUUUUUGAUCAUCAGAGAAUUCACACUGGAGAAAGGCCUUUUGAGUGCAGUGAAUGA